AUGGAAGCCAUCAGACGAAAAUUGGAUGAGGCAGAUGACAUCGCCGAGGUUAUCGAUUUAAUGCAGAAUUUGAGCAUUCCAACCAAAGGAUGCAAAAACAUCGAAGACAUGAGGGAGAGGAUUCUCGCUCAUCUCAGUUCUCGAAAAGAUAACCGCUUGGCCUGCAAUGAGGUAGGACUGCCAGGGAAAUGAUUCAGUGUUACUAAAUGAACGUGGAUUUACUGGUUUUAGGCUUUCUUCGUUCUGAUUUAGACAUUUCCGGCAUCAUUUUAUAGCUAAAGCGUCGUUGUUAGCUCAUUGCAUUCGAUGGAAAAUGUCUAAGUAAGCUAGCGGUCAUAGCUAUUGUCCUUCCACUUUACGUUUGCUCCUUAUCAUUAGGUUCUUUUGCACAACCUGGCUGGUUGCAUGGGAUGGGCCGGGAAAGACAAUAGUUGGCAGCAAGUAUCCUUUAAUGCUAUUCCUUUCAUCUGUGCAUUUCGAAAGCGAGUCGAUGAAUGUUUACACUAAACUUAUUAUCAUCACAUCGCUGUAGCUCAUAAACGUGGCAUCGUAGAGCGAAUGACUCAGAAUCUAUAAGGCUCUCAUAUAUCAUGUAUAGUUACUUGCUAGGACGUCUUGCUGUAACAGAUUUUUUACUUUUCUCACUCGAUUAAAACCACUGCAAAGAUUUCAAAGAAACAUCGAAACGCAAAUCGAUCCUUAAAUUCGAUUUUUGUAAUUUCAUGUCUGUUCGGUUACCGAUCAGUGCAUCAAUCGACCCAGCAUCAUACAGCAGAACGGCUACGGAUCGCUUGCUUGUAAAUUUGUACAAUAUAUGUUAAUUCUGAGCUUUAUCAAGUUAUUGUCUCAAAAUAGCUUCGAACGUUUUCCUCAGAAACACCGGAAGACUAUUAUUCUCUUUGUUGUCUUUAUUCCGUGUCGUGGCUCAAUGGUUCGGCCGCUUGUCAUGGCUGCCAUCGCCUUGCUGCCAAAGCAGUUGGGCUUCUGCCUUUGAGAACCUGCUUGAAGCUUUUAACCUCACUGUCACGAGUAAUGGAGCGUUUGUGCUCUUUCUCUGUCAGUUAUCGGUCGAAAGCAGUAACCAUUACGCGAAAGCUAACAAGCUCGCCAUACGAAAAAUAUGAAUAACUGUGGUAAUGUCAUGACAGCAUCAUGUGGCAAAAGACCUUAUGGUCAUUUGGCUGACAGUUCACCGAAUGAAGUUGAAAUUAGUUAAGCUCCGCUUUAUAUUUUGUUCCGAUCAGUGAAUUCAAAACAGAAGGAAGACAGUUAGGCCUCGAACACAAAAUGCAGUACUUACCUCGGUUCUCUCAAACUCAAAAUUCAUUUGUUAUUCAUCUGACUCCUGGUGUAUGCCAUUUGUUUCUUGCAAUGUUAGUUAGUUGAGAAUUAAGCUAACAAUGAACCCUAUUUGACUCUUUUCUUUACUUUUUUGUCCUUUAUCAGUUGAAAACGAUAUUACCGAUACGUCCAGAAAAAGAAAAUUGGUGACUUUAAUAGAAUAUAUUGACUAUCGGCAGAACUAAGCUUUAAGUAGCAGUGACAGAAACAAACUCUUUUGUUAUAGUGUAUGUAAGGUCUGACAAUAGUAAUCAAUGUAUCUCAGCUCUCGAACUUUCAAUUAACAAUUAGAGGAGCUUAGACUGUGCUCUGUACUGUUGUAAAGCACGCAGGAAGCGGUUGGAGACCGAAAGAAGUGUAGAGAGAAACACGAGACGUAAUCAUUUGCCUCUUUAACCCAUUCAAUAUUUGCACAUGUUUCAGGCCUUUAAGGUAAUUUCAGAGGCACAAGCAAUGGACAAGAAAAAGUCAUUAGGCCUUUUUGAUUAUUACGCUGAAGUGGAAAAGGAAAUUCAGGGUCUUGACGCUACCUUCCUAGAUUUGCUGAAAACAAGCGAGGGCGACGUCCUUUCUAAAAUUAAAACAAGAAUGAGAAGAAUAGAAGACAGAGAUUAUGUUGUUCUUGUAGCAGGUGAAUAUCUUGCGUAUAAUACCUUGCCCAAACCACUGAGGUGCUUUGAUCAUGAUCAUGCUAAGCACAAAGAAAGCCGAUCUUACAGGGACAGAGAGGAGUAUCAAAAAUCUACUUGUUUAGGACGUUUCCCAAUUAAUUUUACUUUAUUUUAAAAAAAUUGUCAACUAGGGUCUAUUGAAUUCUUAAGCCGGAGAGUUUAUUUAUGUAGCAACUUGUCAGGCUUUGACUUUUAAAACCGGAAAGUUUACGUCGAAUAACUCGAACUCGAGUAUAUGGGCGGGAGACUUUAUGGCAAUUUUAAUUUACUUAUAGUAAAAUUUCAAACUAAUAUUUAUUGUUUAAGGAAGAACUUGAGAUUUAAGAUUUGAUGAUAAUUUUGUAUUUUACUUACGCUUAGGGGAGACCAGUGCAGGCAAAAGCAGCAUGUUGAACCUAAUUCUUGGUGAAGAGCUUUUGCCAUUUUCAGUUCUGAGUACAACAUCUACAAUUUGUGAAUUGAAAUAUGGAAGAGAGAAAAGGAUACAGAUACACUAUAAGAAAGAAGGAAAGGCUCCGGAGACAAAGAACCUUACAGAAUCCUCGCCUUACAUAGAUCAAAUAUCAGAAUUUGUUCACGUCAAGUCUGCAAGUUUAAGAGAAAAGGCAUCGAGCUACAAAAAGGUGGAACUGUUUUGGCCUCACCGAUUAUUACAGGUUAGAGACUCCGACGAUCAUGCUUCAAACCAUACUUUUAUCAAUAUGAUGCAAGGUGGCAACUAAAUUUCAGAACCUUUUUGGAGGUUUUAACGCCGAAUGGUAAGAAUCACGGGGAGAAAAUAAACUUGUUUACUCUGUUUCCACAAUAGGACGGUGUUGUGAUCGUUGACAGCCCUGGCGUCGGGGAGUCUGACAUUAUGGACGACAUUGUUGUGAACUACUUGCCAAAUGCCUUUGCUUUCAUCUAUGUCAUCAACAGCAGCAAUGCCGGAGGAGUUCAAAGAGAUCGGGUGAGUAAUUAUUGAUACUUUCUGAAAUGAUUACCGGCAAAUCCUUUCAACUCCUCACCAGCGCUCGAUCUAUUUAUUAGAUCACGACUUUUUUAGAUAGCUCAUAGCUUAUUUAAGCCCAAGUUUUAAUUGAAUUGUUUUCAAUAACCUGUUUCCUCAUUUGUCAGCUUGUUCGACUUCUGCACAAAACGAGGGAACUCACAACUGAGCAACAAAUGGAAUUCUCACCAAACUGCACUUUGUUCGUUUGCAACAAGUGGGACACCAUACCACCCUCAGAGGGAGAUGUGGUCAUAGCGCACAUAAUCAACAAGUUGAGUCAGUGUUUGCCAGAUCUAGACACAAAUACUCAAAUCAUCUGCCUUUCAACUACUAAAGCUCUUGCGGCCCAGAAGUAUGGAGUCAUGAAUUCAGAAUUUGCCUCACUUACAGACAAGAUUGGCUGCUUGGUUUCGAAAAGCAUCGAAACAAGACUUGAACAACAUUGGAGGUAAUUUAGAUCAUUUAUAAAUGUAUGUUAAUCAUGAAGCUAUUAUUUAUUAGGCAAAAAGCACCUCGUUCAGUAAUGGCCUGUCAUCAAGAUUUCUCUCUUUCCAACAAAAAUUAGGAACUGCCAUAGACGAAAGUAGUUGUAUAAAUUUGCACCUUUUCCUGAUUGCUUAAACCCUCCUCUCGAUGGAAGUCUAAGGCGAAAGAAGCCAUAUCCGAGGUGUAGUAAUUGAGGGAUAGAUAGAAACCUCCUCCUCUGAAUUUCCAUAAAAAGGGUGAAAAUAAUAGAAUCAUGCAAUAUUCCUUGAAUGACGCCAUGUCUCUCCACUGGAGCAGCUAUUCUCUACCCAUCUCUGACAAAUAUAUGAAGAAUAGAUGUAUGGACGGCUACCUUAAGAAAAACCAGGAACCUUUUCAGGUUUUCCUCAGAGAAAUCGGGAAAAAAUGUGUACCCAUGGCAUAGAAUUAACAAUCAUCGAUCUUUAUUGUGCGUUCAACUGGUAACUAUAUUUUACUCUUCCUUAAUCUGUACAGGUGGCUAGAUCAUUUGCUGUCUCGAAUAGCCUGGCUUAUGAGUACAUUAAUAAGUAAUAUCUCCACUGACCAUGUGGCUGUAACGGCUAGAUUAAAUGCUGUGAUAGAGAGGCUGAGGAAGCUUCAAGCGGAACAGGAGUCAUCGAAGGAGGAAAUGAUGCGAUAUCUUGGAAGCAGGACUCGUCUGGCCAUCGACACCCUAAUCGACCACCUACAGACUCCCCAAGUGGUAGAGAUAUUUUGUAAGUGGAACUCUGACGAACUUCCAGCUGUUGAGAAGUCAUGGGAAGUUACCAAGGCUGCCCUUGUUAAGCUUCUUCAAGGAAGACUACAGAUGUUGAUUGAAGAAUGGGAGGAAGAGCAGCAAAAGUUUGCGGAGGCACGGAAAUCAGUGAUCAAAAAGUUCCUCGAAAAAUACAAUUAUCUGGAGAGAGAGCUUCGCAACGUAGAAGUCAGUGUUUCUCAAAUACAAGUAAAUGUUGAAGGAGAAACGGCAAGCGAAAGUUUAGAGGAUCAAGUUUUCAACAGCAUUUACAACUUUUCGCUUCCAUUUGAAAGUAAACUUUAUCUUGGAAUAGCGAUUCCUUUCUUGGUUCCAGCUUUUCUUGUCGGAGCUGCGUUUGCUGUUCCAGUAACACUGCUUCUUCUUCCCAUUGCGGGGGUUAAAUCUAUUGCCGACAACAUCAAAGAAGCAAAAAAGAAGAGUGCAUACAAUAAAGAUCGCGCUGAGUACGUACGAAUCAUGGCACAAAAGUUUCUAGCAAAAGCUGCAACCUUCGAGGCGCUAAAGCCACUGGUCGAAGCGCAAUUAGAGCUGGCAGUAAACACCCUGAGCGACCUGCAAGCGAGAAUCCCUAUGCUUGUUGAAGCCGAUGUAAAACUUUGUCAGCAACUUAUAGAGGAGGCGCAAAGCAAGAAGGAUUCUGAAGCUCGCUACAAGCCCUGUAGAGAAAAAUGCAAGCGUUUGCGCGGUGAGCUUGCCUUGUUUGGUUCUACGGAAAUCCGGUGCAUGCGGCUCUCCUGGGAUGACCUUUCUUGGGAUGUCAGCGAGGAUGUUUACUUGAAGCAAACAAUGGAACCUGGGCUCUACCAAGGACACAUUUCCAAGGGAAGGUACUCAUCAAGAGGUCAAGUAACUUUUAAAGUGUACAGAGAACUGCUGACCAGGAGCAAUAUUAUUGAUUGCUUGGCAGACGAAGCAAUCUUGAGGUACAACUUUACUAAUAAACAAACAAUUUCUUAUCAAACACUUAACCAACAAGGAUUUAGGAUUUAGAACACGCGUUGUGCUAGUAACACGUAGUAACACUUUGGUAUUCUUCCAAAAUACCCAAGUCACUUCAGUAGGUGUGUUGAGCUAUUUUUCCUGAAACAUGACACUCGUAUUGGCAUUCCUCGUUUAACGUACAGUUCUGUUCGAUUCGUUCUGGAAUUAAUUUUCACCGGUUCAGUGCUCUACCAACCGAGAUUACAAGCCAACUGAAAGCUGGUAAUCGUGUUGAUUCGUAAUAAACUGCCACUGCAUAGGUCAUGGGUUCAAAUCCCAUACAGGCCUAAAUUUUUCCAAGCCUUAUUUUCACUACUGCUCAAGUAUUUUUUAUUUCUGUGAGGAUCGCUUUCAUAUUUAUUUCCUAAACCGCAAUACACACACUAUGCGAAUAUGUGAUUUUCAUAUAUAUAUAAUUUUCAUAUGUUUACAAUGUUUUUGAAAAUGUUUUCCCACUUUCUUUAGUCAUUUUGUUGUUACUCCUACCAGGUCCAAAGUUAAAAGUUGACCACAUCUUUCUUGUUUUUGUUGUUUACUCCACAGGAGGCUUUGCCAUCCUCACAUUGUCACGUUUUACGGUGCUGUUUUCAGAAAGGUUCCAAGAGGAUUAGAAGCAGCCUUUGUAUCUGAGUGUCCAGGAGUUGAUUUAAAGUACUAUCUGAUCGAUCAGCCCGGAAAUUGUCCUGCAAGGAAUCCCACAUCUACAGAGAAUGCGAUUCGCUGGGCAGACCAAGUCGUCGAAGCACUGAUGUCGAUUUACAGCAUAUUUGACGGAUGUGUUCACGGUGACCUUCGCUUAAAGAACGUUUUGGUAGGGAAAUAUUUUAUUUGUAAUAAAACGAUUUGUUUUAAUUGGUUUAACACUCAAGGAAAAAAUAAUAAAUUUAGAAACUAUCAGAGCGCGGACACAAAUAUAGCUCUAAUAAGAUUUCCAAGGUCUAUAACUCGCAGUAAAGUAAAGGGUUAGAUUAUUUCUCUCUCCCGUGUGUACGGAGCUUUUCUCGUUUAAGGACUUCAGCGUCACUGUUUUCAAACUUAGUCUUAAAGGCUGUCUUUAAGUACAUUUUUUGAUCUGGACUAAGCCAGGCCAAAUAGCUUGCAAUUAGACCCUUACACUUUUGAAAUAAACUAUAACUGCGGAGUGAUCGCCCCUAUCAACUAUUGCAUAGUUUGCACUUAUUGCAAAAAGUCAUACAUCGAUGAAACAAGAAGACGACUGAGUGACCGAUUCCGAGAACACCUUCGCAACGUAGAAGGAAAUGACAAGGACAAAUCCAAACCAGUUGCUAGAUAAUUGAUCUCCCUAAUCAUUUUAAGCAGCAUAUGGCAGUUUGAGGCUUUUCCCUACAUCUAAAUAGUUCAGAAAGCCGGAAAACUCUAGAGCAAAAGUUAAUCACUCACACCGGCAUCCUUAAUCCCCACGGUAUCCACGAGCGCUUUUCAUUCAACUAAUGAAGUCAGCUUUUGAACUCUAUACAAUGGCUAAUUUACGUGAUCGACUCAGCCAAACUACCCUGUUAUACUCUUCCACCGAUGCAGCGCCAAAAUUCUGUAGAAACUUACCCCUUUUAUUCAGUUAUAUUAUAGUUAUGAAGCAGGAUAUAAAAUCCAUCUCAUAACAUCGAAAAGCAGAUGAAGAUAUGACUGCUUUGUUCAUAAACAAGUGCGUUUCAACCAAAGCAGUGACCCUUGCCUCUUCAGAAAGUGGAAUCAUGCUCAGUUCUAUUCUAUUUCUUUUGGCGAGAUCCAAUGUAUUCUUUCAAAAUGCUAGUCAACCAAACAAAACCAGUGUUUAUCAAGUUUCUUUUAAUAAUCAAUUGAAGUUUUUUUUUUUUUUUAAUUUACAUAGCUUGACGGUUCAAAUCUCCGUGAUAUUAAGCUGAGCAACAUCUCCCUCAGGAGGCAGCUGACCAUUGAGCAUGGAUCAAACUGUGAUGCAUUUCUUCAUCUUCCGCCAGAAGCUGUGCGAAAUAGAAACUACAAUGCCUCUUCAGAGAUUUACUCCCUCGGGAUCUUGUUCUGGGAAAUGUGGUACGGCGAAGAAGCCUUUCACGAUCUAAAAGGUCAGAAGAUGGAAGUUUUUUUAUCAAGCGUAGAAGGAGGCCAUCGUCCCGAUCUAACAGGUGUCACAACUCAGACAUCCGUUAUGUGGACUGGCCUCGUUUCUGGAUGCUGGGAAAAGAUAGCCUUAGAACGAAGUAGUCUCGCAGAUUGUAAGUCAACUAUCGGGGAAAUUUUAGCUAGUGCAAAAUAGAGCCUAUCCUGGAAAAUAUCCCCGGAAUACUGAGCUGGAUUAGCCUCAAACUUUGAAGUUAACUACACUGUGGAAGUUACAGUCCUAUCCUUUGUAUCAAAUUACAGACAUGAUCUUUUAAACUAAAACAGUCAAUAAAUGUUUGGUUUGUGGCCUUCCAUUUUUCCCUUUUUCAUUUCAUUUGUGCUUUAAACCAGUUUCAAUUGCUUCUGUGAUCGGAAAUUUUUUUAACACCAUGUUAGGCAAGUCCUUACAAUUAGUUGUUACUUUAUACCUCUCUUUCUAACUUGUCAGUUCCAUUAACCUUUCCACUACCUAUUUUUCAAGUUUCUGAUUAAAUGGAAGUCAGGAGUGGAAACUGUGGUACAGAGAAAGUUUUUCCUUACUGUCACGAAAGUCUCUUAUAAUGCAAUACUGAGGCCAUCAACACAUUUUUUUUAUAACUGUUCCUUAAAAUUGCAAUUCUCUUUUUUUUGCUUUUGAUAGCUUUAAUCAGUUAGUCUUUAUUCAGUGAAUAUGAAUUUCAAUAAAACUUCGGGAACUUUUGAUCUUAUAUGUGGGAUGCUAAUUAACUGCGUGUUUUAUAACUUUUUCCUGUAAUCACCUUGUGGUGAAGGGGUAGUUCAUGCCUUUAUUUUCUUUAUUUCGCUAAAGGACGAUUUUCUGUUUUAAUAACGCACGCAAGUAUCCAAAGGAAUUUAAUUGCAAUCACUAUUAGGAUGACUAUAGACAAUUGGGACAUCUCACAUUUCAUUUCAUUUCUAUACAAGGUAGUUUAUCUUUUUACCACCGCAUCAGGGAGAAGCAUUUUUUCAUCCUUAUCAUCUGCUCUUAGUAAUUACUUUAGUUUAAUAAAAAUUUCCAAUGUGCAAGUUUGAAAAAUUUAGUUUUAAAUAAUUUACAAUGAUCAUGUAGUGAAAAUAAGCGAUACCAAUUGCAAUUUGUAUCUCUGCUUAUCACACUUUGUGGUUCUAGCUUUGAGAAUAGAUGAUAUAAAAUGAACUCUUGAGCUAUAAUGUGUAGACCACGAACAUAUUUCUUACGUAGCACAGAACAGUUAUGAGAAAUUUUGAACGCGUCUGAUGUCCAGAGAAGCUAAAUUAAAUUUAUUUGGUAAAUUAGUGUACGAAACGAUACAACGUUGUAGAAAAAAAGCCAAAAUACGGAAGGAGAUGGAAGAAAAAAGUAGAUUCACUUGUAAUUGUACACAUAGAGGUUGCGGCUUACUCAAAUCCUCAACAACUGCAAGGGUAACAUAGUGCGAGGUGACAAUAAUUCAAACUCCACUUGGUAGAUUUAAACUGAUUUAGUGACAGAUCACUCGGUAGCGUUUGAAAUGAAGGGUCACGAAGAUAGCGAAGAUCUAAGAUCGUUGGGCUUAGUAGCAGUAGCAGUAGAAAAAAUAGUAAUAGGUUCGAACUGAAAUACGAUAAUUGAAAGAUAGAUUCUAACUAUCAAGAGACAUAGAACAACAAUAAACUAGCGAACUCCUAGCGUAAAAUUAAUAGACGUGAUAAUUUUCGUGUCAUAAAAAUUAUCAUCAAACGAAGGUACAAACAGCAGUAUCGUACUAAAAAAAAAAGGUAGCUAAAUGAGCAUAAAAGGGUAACAAUUUGAAAAGAAAGAAGAACAAUUUGUAAAUGAGAUCUUUAGUCAACACUUAGUUGACUAAACGAGACGUUCUAUGACCGAGAAAAGGUUGAUGAUUCCUGUGACUUAAUUAAUAACAAAGACUAACGUACUUUGGUUGACGACGCACACCAAAAAAAAUAGCAAGACACUUGAGAUAGGGUAGCUUGAAUCCUUUUGAUCCUGGCAAAGGUGCGGUGUGGCCUCACCUAACUUCCUUUUUUUUACUUACGGUUUGCUUCGCACUUUUAUAGGCUAUGAUACGUGAAGAAAGCUAAGGCGUUGCUAAAAGUAGCGUUUACAAUAAGAACUAUUUCCUGGGCAGCAAAGAUUCCAAAGUUAUGAUACAAUUCCUGGAUAUCGCGAUUUCUGCCGAUACCUUCAUUUAAGAUCACCUAGUCUACUACAAAAUAACAAUAUAAAUCGAAGGAAAGUUUGUAGGAAAUUAGUGUUAGGGGUGUUUAAAAACUAACAUCACUGAAUGGUCCAAACUGAACAUUGUUCACUGUCUAGGGCCUAACUUUUUCAGGGACGAACUUUAAAAUGAAAUCUAUUUUUGAAGAUUGUCAUAAAGGACAUGGUUGGUUUAUUAUUUUAUUUUAUUUUUCGCGUUUUCUAUGCAAACUCAAAGUCUUUUUGUCUGUUUUUCCUAUUUGGAUAAAUACCUCAGCUGUAUUCUAUUGGUUAGCACACCCUUGACCGCAGUCACGUAAUUAUGCUUAUGUAUCAUUUUAUGUAAUUAAUUUAUCGUAUCC